CGGGGGGCGGGGUGGGGGGGCCUUUCCUUCCAGAACCUUCCUCGGGCCGGGGCCGCGCUCUGAGCCAGGCUUGACCGACCCGACGUGUUUCCUGGAAGGCUCGGGAUGGAUCUAAGCACCGCCACCGCCACCCGGGAGACCCUGUAAGCGGAGCCGCGGUCACUGGGCCAGAGAACGCAGGAGGACCGUCCCGGCGCUCUGCACUUGGAUGUUGAGCUCACCCGCGGGGAGGCCCCCCCAGACAUGGCAGAGAAUUGGCUGCGUCUCUCUGGAGCGGGGGCGGUGGAGGAGGGCGGUCUGGAGGAACCCAGCGGCCUGGAUGACAGCCUGACUAGCCUGCAGUGGCUGCAGGAAUUCUCCAUCCUCAACGCCAAGGCCCCCUCCCUGCCCCCUGGGGGGACUGACCCCCAUGGCUACCACCAGGUGCCAGGUUCAGCAGCCCCUGGCUCACCCCUGGCUGCAGAUCCCGCCUGCCUGGGACAGCCACACACCCCGGGGAAGCCCACCUCCUCCUGUACUUCUCGGAGUGCUCCUGCUGGGCUGCAGGCCCCACCCCCCGACGAUGUGGACUAUGCCACCAACCCCCACGUGAAGCCACCCUACUCCUAUGCCACGCUUAUUUGCAUGGCCAUGCAGGCCAGCAAGGCAACGAAGAUCACGCUUUCUGCCAUCUACAAGUGGAUCACUGAUAACUUCUGCUACUUCCGCCAUGCUGACCCCACAUGGCAGAAUUCCAUCCGCCACAACCUGUCCCUGAACAAGUGCUUCAUCAAAGUGCCUCGGGAGAAGGAUGAGCCAGGCAAGGGUGGCUUUUGGCGCAUUGACCCCCAGUACGCAGAGCGGCUACUGAGCGGUGCCUUCAAGAAGCGGCGGCUGCCCCCCGUCCACAUCCACCCGGCUUUUGCCCGCCAAACCCCCCAAGAGCCCGAGACGGGCACCUGGGUGACACCCCUGGCCAUAAACCCCGAGGCCCAGCAGCUGUUGCGAGAAUUUGAGGAGGCCACCGGUGGUGAGACAGGCUGGGGAGCAGGCGAGGUCCGGGCCGGGCACAAGCGCAAGCAGCCUCUGCCCAAGCGAGUGGCCAAGGCACCACGGCCCAGCAGCACCACCCUGCUGAGCCAGGAGGAGCAGGGGGAGCUCGAGCCUCUCAAGGGAGACUUCGACUGGGAGGCCAUUUUUGAUGCAGGCACACUAGGUGGGGAGCUGGGCACCCUGGAGGCCCUGGAUCUGAGCCCACCGCUGAGCCCAGCCGACCGCAGCAGUGUCGACCUGACAGUACAUGGGCACCACAUCGACUGCCCUGCCACCUGGGGCCCCUCCACUGAGCCAGCCACGGAUGGACUGGACUUUGAUGAGACCUUCUUGGCCACCUCCUUCCUGCAGCAUCCCUGGGAUGAGAGCCAUGGGAGCUGCCUACCCCCAGAGCCCCUCUUUGAGGCUGGUGAUGCCACCCUGGCUGUUGACCUAAACGAGUGGGCCAGUGUGGGUGCCUUCUUGUAAAAGGCUGGAACCCUCCCUUCCCCACACCUUUGGACAUAAGCCUCAGAAUCAGGGCCCAGAACUCCCUCAAAAUAGGAACCUCAAGGACAUGCCUUCUCCUCCCAGGCAGGCACUGACAGGUCUUCUGAGGAUGGGACAACUUCCAGGCUCAUGCUGCCCCUAGGCAAGAUUGCCCCUGGGACCCAAACCCAUCCGAGAACCCGGAGGAACCAGGAAUCCCUUUAUACACAGUGUUGCUGCCCCCAGAUUCCCUCCUGCCCCCCACUACCUCCAGCAAGCAGGCCCUGAGGUCUGGAUGGCCCAGUUCUGUCUCCUCUUUCUCAGUGUGCAUCUCUGCCUGUCUCUUUCUGUCUUCCCCAGGUCUCUAUCCAGGGAAAGCUCCCAGGUACAACAGAUGCUAAUUAGGUGAAAGCAAAUUAAAUCCCUGGAGGCUUCUCCCAGCCAGGUCUUCCUGGGGAUGGGGACCUGGCCAAGGACUGGGGAGGAGCAGGAGGAAGGCUAGUAUGCAGGGAGGGGCCAUGAAACUAGAGCCAGAAGUAAGGGAAAGGAGUUUUGGGGCUGAGGGGGAAGGGGAUGUAUACUCUCUUGAGGCCAGUGGGGUCAAGCAGUGGCCUCCGGCCCCAGACCCUUGAGGCAGAUUGUAGACUUUCUGAAUCAGAGGCUUGACUCUAGGUCCAGGAGGCAUUUGGGAUUCACAGGCAAGUCCCCCCUUCCUGGGGGUGGGGGGUGGGGUAGCUGAGCAGGGCUUGGGAGCAGACUAAUGUAGUGAGUGUAGCUGUAGCUAAGAGAGAGUAGACUGAUUUAACUGGGAAUGGGACCCCUGACACAAUGGAACUGGAGCUCAGAGGGCUGAGGUAUAGGAAGUGGGUGUGGGGGAGGGUGGGGUCCCUGCAGCUCCUCAGAGAUGGGGCUGUGCAGGGGCCCUGUCGCAGCCUGGGUCCCAGUGGACUGCAACCCCACACCUACCCAUUGGGGACAAUUUAACCUUUUUCAUGGAAAGUUAUUUACAAUAAAAGAACUGAAAACA